GGCAACCAUGGCGGAUUGACAUAGCAACGCUCCGCUUCUCCACAGACCUGCUCCUCACACCGCGGCUCCUCACACACCGCGGCUCCUCACACACCGCGGCUCCUCACACACCGCGGCUCCUCACACACCGCGGCUCUCGGCUCCUCUCCCCGCGGCUCUCGGCUCCUCUCCCCGGGCUCCUGGGGCCUGUCUCCCCGCCGCCCGGAGCCUGUCCCUCGGCCUGUGCGUCAUGGACCCCGCGGUGGUGAAGCGGACCCAGGAGAGUCUCGGGAAGGUGAUCAAGAAACCACAGCUCAGCGAGAAAUACCUGAACAAACCGCCGUUCCGCUUCCUCCACGACAUCUUCACCGAGGUGAUCAGGUCGACUGGGUUCAUGAAGGGACUUUACUCUGAGAGCGAGAUGAACCCCGAGAACAUCAAGGAGAAGGACCUGAAGAUGUCGUUCCUGCAGAAGGCCAUAGACGUGGUGGUCCUGGUGACAGGUGAGCCCCUGUCAGUGAAACCCGCCCGGAUCGUGGCCGGACACGAGCCGGAGAAAACCAACGAGCUGCUCCAGGCCAUCGCCCGCUGCUGCCUGGGCAAGCGCUCCAGUGAAGACGCCGUGAGGAGCGUCCUGUCAGGAGACAAACCGGGAAGCAGCUCCACACCCUCGGACAGAGUAGACGCGUCCAGACCAGAGGGGAGGAGCAGGAAAACGAAGACGGAGGAACCCAGAGACAAACAGAAGAACGGAGAACCUGAGCAACGACAGAGAGGACAGAAAGACAGAGAGAGAGAGAAGAGGGAGAAGACAGAGGAGAGAGAGAAGAAGAAGGAGAAAGAGAAGAAGGAGGAGAGAGAGAAGAAGGAGGAGAGAGAGAAGAAGGAGGAGAGAGAGAAGAAGGAGGAGAGAGAGAGGAGCAAAGAGAAAGCUCGCUCCACCGACAGAGAGAGGGAGAAAGAGAGAGAGACUCACAGAAAAGAGGAGAGAGAACGAGAGAGAGACAAACACAGAGAGAAGGAGAAGGAGAGAGAGAGAGAGAGAGAGAGAGAGCGCAGGAGGAGAGAGAGAGACCAGGACAGAACCAGGUCCAAACCUCGAGAAGAAGAUCCUCAGACUCAGGUGAAGACAGAAGUUCCUCCUCAGACCUUGAGUCCAGUUGAUUCUCCCAAACCUGUGGUAAAACUGGACAUUUUUGUUCUUUUAUUUGAGAUGUUUUUGAGGAGGUUUAAUUUAAGAUUCGUCCCUGCAUGUUUGAGUCAUCUAGAGAUCUCCCCUGUUCCACACAGAACCUUUAACUCUGCACGUUUGUUUCUCAGGCGGAAGUUCAGCCUCGAAGCCCUGACGCACCGCACCGCACCAGCACCUGACGCACCGCCAGCACCUGAAGCACCUGCACAGCACCUGACAGCACCUGACAAUGAGUCGGACAGUGAAGGAGACGCAGAAGUGACUCAAAAAGUCCCCGAGUCCAACACAGAACCACCUGCCCCCACCGAGACCAGCAGGAGGUUGGUUCGUCCCACUAGUGCUCGACCGGUUCCUCCUCGAGUCAAGAGACAAGACAGUCACGGAGAGUCUCCUGCUGAGAGGUCGUCGAGCGCUCGAGUCGCGGCUCUGAUCCUGGACGGGGGGAGGAGGCCUGAGGAGGACGAGGAUGAAGAUGAACAGUUCCUGGUUCAGGAGGCAGUGACUGAAGGAGACGCCCCGGACCCCCCCGCGGAACCGAGUGAAACAACUGGAGACACUUCACAUGGAGGUCUGGUCAAGAAGAUUCUGGAAACUAAGAAAUAUUAUGAAGUGUCUACAGCAAAGACUCAGUCCUCGGUGUCGGUCUCGUCCCGGCAGCAGCAGGACCUGGUUCAGCGGGAGAUGGACCGUCUGCGGUCUGCGGUUCAGUCCGUGUGCCGCAGCGCUCUGCCUCUGGCCAAGAUCAUGGACUAUCUCCAGGAGGACGUGGACACCAUGACCACGGAGCUGCGCCAGUGGAGACUCGAGAACCAGCAGCACGUGCAGGCUCUGCAGGAACAGCUCAGGGUGACAGAGGGGGCGUUGCAGCCGCUCAGGACGGAGCUGUCGGAGCUGGAGACUCUGAUCGAGGAGCAGAAGGCUCAGACCUGCGCCCUCAAGUGCUCCGUGCUCAGGAACGAAGAGAAGAUCCACAAGAUGCUCACAGGGCUCCACCACCAGACCUGAGGAACCUCCACCAACAUCUCCACCACCAGACCUGAGGAACCUCCACCAACAUCUCCACCACCAGACCUGAGGAACCUCCACCAACAUCUCCACCACCAGACCUGAGGAACCUCCACCAACAUCUCCACCACCAGACCUGAGGAACCUCCACCAACAUCUCCACCACCAGACCUGAGGAACCUCCACCAACAUCUCCACCACCAGACCUGAGGAACCUCCACCAACAUCUCCACCACCAGACCUGAGGAACCUCCACCAACAUCUCCACCACCAGACCUGAGGAACCUCCACCAACAUCUCCACCACCAGACCUGAGGAACCUCCACCAACAUCUCCACCACCAGACCUGAGGAACCUCCACCAACAUCUCCACCACCAGACCUGAGGAACCUCCACCAACAUCUCCACCACCAGACCUGAGGAACCUCCACCAACAUCUCCACCACCAGACCUGAGGAACCUCCACCAACAUCUCCACCACCAGACCUGAACCUCCACACAUCUCCAAACCCAAAAUGUUCAUUUUGUCUUCUUUUGUACUUUAACUUCCACUGGGAGAUGUAUUUACCUUGUCGAGAUGUUUGGCUGACUCUGGUUGACCUGAGGGACCUGAGGGACCUGGUGGGUCUUUGGACGCUCCAUCAUCAGGGUUGUUGAUGGAGUUCGUGCCUCGUUUCCUGAUUUCAGACGCCUUCCUGAUCCAGCGUUUGGAGACAAACGAGUAUAAAGAGAAACUAAACCGACUCUGUUCUGCAGGAGGAACAGAGGAACAGAGGAACAGAGAACAUUAGAACAUUAGAACAUUAGAACAAGACUUAAAGCUCACAAUAAAAUAAAACUGCUUUAUAAUCAGAUGUUUAUACAAGAGACCAGGACUAAACCAGGACUAA